AGAAAAAAAAGAUUUCAGGAUUAUUUUACUGAUUUUUCAUUAUGGCAGAAUUCUAAUGCUGCAGCAAGUGGACACAAUCUAAUUAAUAUGCAAUAUAAAACUCUUAUAUUCAGGAAAUUUUUUUUGGUGAUGAUUUCAUUAAAAAAGCCAAAUGGUGUAAAGGAAUUUUCUAAUGUUUUUUAAAGGCUAAGAUAACUUUUUUCCUGAAUAAUAUUAAUAUAAUAAUUCUUCCUGAUCUUGACUUAAUUACAUAAAACCUAGGGUGUUUGUCAACACUUCCUAUCAGUGUGGUAACAAAAGGGAGCUGACAGAGGCUGCAGGUCGAACCUGACACUCUUCAGCAUCAGCAACCAGCAUCAACAACAUAUCAGCACAAAUGUCAGAGUUUCUAGGACACGACAUCUGAUGCAGAAGAUUUAUCUGUUGUCACGUGAUCUCUGUCUCUUGCAACUCAAAUAUGCUUCAUUAUCGAGAUAAGUCAUUGUUGUAGCAGAAAUACAUGACGUACCAUAAACAACAGUGUGACAACAGAUACAUAAACACCGAAAAAAUAUUGAUUAACCCAACAAGUGCAUCGAAACAUGCUGCUCACAAGGGGCUGAUUGUUGUUUCUUUGGUAUUGCUGCUGAAAGCUUGAUCAUGACACCUGUAACUGCUUACCUGAGUACUGAACAGUACACCUGCCAUGACUUAGUUGUGUAGAGUGUAGUUUGUGCAUCGUUUGGGAACCAAUGUUCACCAGAUAUGAUCAGGUAAUGUGAGAAGUGAACAGAUCCAGUCUAAAAGCCUCUAAAUCAUCAUUAAAAAUCCUGCCAAUUGUGAAGGACAUACUGAAAUUAACAAUGAUUGACAGAAAGAUACAUAAACACCUGGCAAAAUACUCAGUAACGUCUGUUGUGGCAACUGAAAAUCAGUUGCUUGUUUUUGGAGGAGGCUUAUCAAUUAUGAAGCCGAUCAAAACCAACGACAUCGCAGCAACCAGGUGCACUUACAAGUUUGUAUAAAACACAGGCAUAAGGAGGCCACAAUUAAAUAGCAGAGGUUGUUGGACAAUCAGUGAGUUGACAAGAGAGAUAAAAUCCAAGAAAGCGUCUCUUUGUCUGCAGAGCAUCUGUGAUUUACAAUAGACAGAAGGGCGAGGGCUGAUUGUCCACAAGUUAAUCAGCCAAGGAUUGCGUGAAAUGCUAAAAUGGAUCACCAGAUAUACUAGAGUGGACCACCCAAGUAAAGUAUAUGUGUGGGAAACAACAACAUCAAACAACUGAAAGAAUCGUAGUAAGCUGUUGUUCCACCACAUCUGCAUUUGUUUUGUUUCAAACUAAGCAAAGUGCUGCAAAUAAAACAGGUUUAAAGAUAUGUUACGUUUGUGGCAUCUGGGCAGUUCACCGUGGUACACUGCAUGCCUGAAAUGUUGUUACUGGUAGUACACUGAACAGGAAACCUGGCUCCUCUCAUCUCCACGCCUUUGAAAAUAUGCUGCUGGUCCUGUUCACACAUGAAGGAAGUGCAAGCGAUAAUACAUUUAGCCUUCACACAGUCAACAACAAGACACAGGAGGAGAUCCAGUUUCAGACCCAUUCGAUGCCUUUAAUACUGACUACAAUCUUUAGGAAACAUGGAGAAAGCUACGCCUGUCAAAGAGCUGAAUGUUUUACUUGUGGGAUCAAACAGCUCCCGGAAAUAUCUGGUUGGAAACAUUGUCCUGGGAAAACAGGCAUUUGAAUCAGAUGUAACAGUCUGUUGUGAGGAGGGAGAAGGAGAAGUGUGCGGGCGAAGAGUCACAUUGGUCAAAGCCCCCGGGUGGCUGCGAGGAUACGACCUCUGUAAUACACCUGAACUAUUCAAGACAGAAGCGACUCUCAGCGUCACACCUGGACUGCACAGUUUUAUCCUGGUGAUUAAUGCUGAAAUACCAUUCAUGGAUGAGUACAGGAAGACAACAAAGAAACACUUGCAACACUUUUUUGGUGACAAGGUGUGGGAUCACACGAUAGUGGUCUUCAGCCACAGAGGUCAGAUUGACCAGGAAACCAUUGAGGAUUACAUCAAGAGUGAAGGGGCUCCACUUCAGUCACUUCUGGAGGCCUGUGGUAACAGAUACCACGUCCUCUGUGAUGAUGGCACAGACAACAGCGAGAAAGUCAAAGAGCUGUUUGAGAAGAUUGACGACAUGGUGGCUAAAAACAGCUGUUAUGAAGUAGACAGCACGCUGAUAGAAAAUGCUGAGUUGAAGAGGAAGGAAGUGGACAAAAAAGCUGAGGAGUUGCGUCUGCAAUCACAACGACAAAGGGAAAAGCUCAGAGAUCUCAUGACAGAACCAACACUCAGCCUGAGAAUCUUGAUGGUCGGCUGGGUGUUCUCCGGGAAGAGCGCGUCUGGGAACACCAUUUUGAAAGCUGAUAUGUUUCAGGCCGGUGACAAAACAGAGAAAGCUUUAAAGCAAAGCGGCAAGGUGGCUGGUAGGGAGGUCGUCAUCGUGGACACUCCUGGAUGGUGGAAAUUCUUCCCAGCAACGUUUACCCCUUUGCCUUUGAAGGCUGAGAUUUCAAAUGGGGUCUCUCUGUGCUCUCCUUCACCAAAUGUCAUUUUGCUGGGAGUGCCGGUUGACACAUCGUUCACUGAUGACCAAAGAAGAGUCACAGAAGACAACAUGAGGCUGCUUGGACAGAGAGUGUGGAGACAUGUUAUUGUGCUGUUUACAUUCGGGGACGCACUGGGGGACAAAACUAUUGAGCAACACAUUGAAAGUGAAGGAAAGCCUCUCCGAUGGCUCAUUGAGAAAUGUGGGAAUCGAUAUCACGUCCUUAACAAUAUGAGCACAGAUGAUGAUCAAGUUAGAGUGCUGCUGGAGAAGAUGGAGGAGAUGGUGGCAGGAAACAGCUCCUUUUACUUUAGUGCCAACCCUGUUGCAGAUUAUGCAAAAGAUCAAGAAGACAGAAGUGAUUAUUUAACUGAAAUCAAAGAUGAGAACACAGCCAAGAAGAUCACAGAACAACUCGCCAUGAAAUGGGAUCGCAAGACCUGGGAAAAACACCAUUCUGAAGGAAGCAUGAGAGUACCACCACUGAUGAGUGAAGCUGGGCAGAGCUCUCAGGGGUCUGAUGCAGAAGAAGAGCGAAUGGAGCAUGAGGACGACCAGUCCAGGAGCUGCUUUGGUCCUGAGGUAGACAGUGAAGAUGAUGCAGGAUCUGGACCUCUGAGCAGAUGGAGGGAACUGCUGGAGAGAGAGUGGAGCAGAAGAGAGGUGUGCAUGGAGCAGGCCUUCUGGAGACAGUUCUACAAUCUUGCAGCAGCCUCCUCUGAGCCAGAUAAUGAUCAGAAGCUGGAAUCAACAGAAAAAGUAAGCCAUUGGCUGAAAACUUCAUCUGGGUAUGGUACAGCCUCUAACAUCAGCAACAAGUCGAAGGAAGACGAUCCCUAUUUUGGUCAAGUGAGCUUGCCACCAGGUGGAGGGGCAAUGGAAGAGGAGGAAGAAAUCAUUUAAAAUGAAAUAAUGAAACCAAAUGAAAUUAACUCCACAGUGCCUCUACACUUUCAUGCUUCUAUCACAACCAUCUAAUGUACACAUCAGAUUGUUAAAUAUAAAGUGCUUACUAAACUGAGAAAAGCCUACAGACAGACUGUAGGGGGACACUCUUCUGGGGAUGCUUAUUACAUGAGGGUGAACAGGAGUGGACGAUGCAAGCAGAGCAGAUGUUUUGCACUCAUGCUGUGGGUCCAAAACUGUCACAACUAUCACUGUUGGGUAUAAUCUGUUUGAACUGAACCCUGAGGAAGCUUUUGUGUAGCUUGAACUUGUACAACACCGAUGAUGUUUGAUAUUACUCUGAAGUGUCAGCUGUCCCUUCAUGCCCUCUGUUUUGCACGCUGAGCCUUCUGUAGAGAUUCAUCACUUUAAAUGUUGUGGCUACAACAGUGAUUAUAAUCUAAUCACUGCUACCUGGAAAAAAAUGUUUUCAUUAUGAUUGGAAGACGCAAGAUUUAAUUAUUCAGACUUUUACGAUUUUGGGUUAUUGUUGUGACAAUUUAAUUCUUGCUGAAACAAAUUACCAGAACAAAUACGUUAAUAUUAUUAGGACUAGUAUCAUUCGAGUAAAAAUGUGACAAUAUCCAUAUACAUUUUGAAGGAAAAUCCCUGUUGGGUAUCAGACUGAGGUUUAUUCAAGUAUAUAAAAAAAACAACAACAUAGAGUCUCCUCUGUAAAUAGUUUUCUAAUGAAUGAUAAAUGGAGCAAAUUCUGAUUGAAUCAUGACCCACGUCUAGUUUGCCCCUCCCACUUGCCCACUCCAUGAAUAAAGAUGGAUUUAGUUUAGUUGAGUAAACAAAUUGUGUACAUGCUCACAGCCACUAUUUCUAUCCAGCUAUUUAAUAUCUAUACUGUACUCUAGGUUUGUAUGCUGAGGUGUUGGUUGCAGUGCAUGGUGUAAUAAUUAGGUUGAGAACUGGGAAAUUAGAUCUGAAAGUGUAUUAUAUUAAUAGAGAAUCAAAAAAGUUGCAAGUAUUCUUUCAAGUAUACUAGUAAAGACAAGUCAUGAAAAGCUGUUGUCGUUGUGAAUGCUGGCUUAAAAGCCGGGGCUAAACGUACACUGCUGACUGUAAAAACUUGAUUAAAUACCAGUAAUUAAAUGUGUGAAUGUUGUUGGUUUGAUGUUAAGCUGAUGCUAAACCAAAGCGCUGUCUUUAAUUGCUGUGAAGUUGCAUCUGAAGAAGAGUAAGAGUCAUAACAGUGAGGUGACAAUGAAGGAUUCACAGUAUGUUUUAAGCUGGGAGGAAAACUGCAAUGCUGACUCGAAUCUGUGCAGAGACGGAGUUUGAAGGAAAAACUAUGAAAGGGACAGAAAAGUUUAAUCAGUCUCAUAAUGUAUCAAAUUAAAAAGAUGAUUGAAUAUAGUAUUAAUGGUUGCAAAAUAUACUCUGUGUGUGAGCAUGCUAGCUUGUAGCUGUAAGAGAUAAAUAAUGCAAAAAUGUACUCUGUGUGUGUGUGAAUCAGAAAUCUGAAGUAUACGCGAUUGCAAAAAUGAGCUGCCAUGUUACGACACUGUUGCAUAAUGAAGUUCAACCUUGAAAUGUUACAAUGGAAAUAAACCUUAAAUCUAAACUUCAGGUGCGUUUUGGUUUUGUUUUUUUCCUCACCCAUUUACUUUUCAUUCUUAAGCUGAAGCUUCAGUUUGCAGAAUAUGUUGUACAGUCAGUGUGAAUAAAGCAGAGUGCCGAGACAAAUUCAA